CAGCCGAAGCCUUCCAGAUAACGCCGAUUUGUAAAGCCAAAGAAGUGUCUUUCUUUGGCAGAUUGGGGGCGAGGAAGAAGGGUUGGAGAAUAAGGGGAAGAACAAAUCAUCAUUUAAAUCAGAUUUCGCCUACAUUUCAUUUGACAGUUGCUUCAGUUCGCCUGGAUUACAUAUACACAGAAAUCCUGCCGAAAUGGGCCUUAAAUAUGUGAUGGUCAUUAGCACCCUCCUAUGUUCAGUUUGGUCAUCUACCAUUAAAGCGAAAGAUGAACACCGUACAGCUUUCUUCGGGGAGGAUAUUCAUAUUCCCGUGCCGGCUUUGGAUACAACAAAUGUGACAUUUAUGUCAAGGAUGGAUCCGCAGUCUGAGGUUACUCUCCUAGACAAUGGAAAGAUUCAGAAUCAAAGAGUCAAGCUUAAUACUCACGGCAGGCACCUGAUCCUGGAGGAUGUGGGGGAGGAAGAUGAGGGCACGUAUGUGGUGAGGAAUUCUGCAGCACCCGCUGAUGUCAGGCGCAUCAUUCUCAUUGUUAGAGACUGUGCAACAGAGACUGUGGUGAAAUAUGGUGACACAUAUCAUAUCCCGAUCAAUCCUAGCAUCGGUCCAUACAAACUUGAGUUCAGAUCGGCAGGUCAGACUCAAGUUAAUGUGACCACUGAGGCACCACCCAUAAUUCUUCUUUACAAACGUGCCAUCAUCGACACAACAGAGUACCACAACCGUCUCAACGUCGAGGAGAAGAGGGUUAAUCUUCAUUUGGUUACAGGAGCGGAUGAGGGCAGCUACACCGUCACUGACAAUGACGACAAAGUCAGAAUGAGAACCUGUCUCAAUGUGAAAGACCACCAGAUCUUCGAGCACUUGAAUUAUGGAGAAACCCUGAUGAUCAAGCUCCACGCACACCACACCAAAGUCCGAAUGGUUUACAUCCCAGACUCUGACCGCAAGGAGCGACUCAUUCUGGAUCAGGGUGAGCUGGUGUUUCCUCUUGACCCUGCUUUGGACGGUCGUGUGUCUGUAGAAGAAACAGUGCUGUACUUGAGAAAGGUGAAAGUCAGUGACACGGGUGUCUUUCGCCUGAUGGACCUUUCGGGCUUUCGCAUAGCUGACGUCUACCUUCACGUGGAACCUUAUAAGCUGCCACAACUCUACGUGGCGAUCCUCUCCCUGCUGUCACUGCUUGCGUUUCUACUGUUGGUCUGUCUGGUGUCCUGUCUGAUUAAAGUUCACCAGCGGGAGAAGAGAGCGCGUAAGAUCAUCCUAAUUGCUCAACAGGCUGGCAAGAAUGAAGGAGAGACGUUCAGACAGGUGGUUCAUGAAGCGUACACUAGAUUCACAGAGGACUCCACUAUGCAGUCCACAUGGGAGAACAUCACAGAGAGCACUGAAGUUGAGAUCAAAGGUCUUGAGGUAUCCAAACCAGGUCAGUACCAGGCCCUCCAAUCUGACAAAAACUUCUUGGAGAUGAAUGACUCGGGUGCUGAGUUCAACUCCUCCGCAAUACCUCUGGACAGCGACACGGACGUCCCCGACAAUGUCACCUCUCAUAAGCCCUUACUUGAGUCUGACACUCUCGCCGCCGUCCCCCCAGCCAUUUCCGAGGGCGACCACAGUUCAACACGCACCCCUGACUCUGCCCUGAGCGUCAGCCCUGCCACCCAACCCAAAUCUGGGGCUCACACAGAUGUUGUCGACCUUAUUGGAGCAACCGCAGCUGAGGAAUCGGCCAGAGCGAAUAAGCUGGAUGCAAAGAUGAGCAAAGAUCCGUCACCACUUUCUGAUAAACCCGCUGCAUUGGAUCCAAGCACAACCUGAGUAUUGCAAUACAAUCAGUCUCAGCAACCAACUCAUCGUCUCUUAUUUUACGUCAAUGCAUCCACUUUCACCGUCAAACAUCUCACUGUUUGCAUUGCUUAGACUUCCAUUGUGACACCAAUUCUUGCUUGGAGUCAUUUGAUGGUUUGUCAAAUAAGCAUAAACUGAGAAGAACAAGUCCAAGAGAAGACAGGACACUUACAAAAAAUGAAUAAAACAUGAACAUGGAAGAAAUGGUUAAUGGUCCUGCACUAUGCAUGCAUUUACAUUACUAAAGACUUGCUAACAGCCGAGCGCUGGAGUAGAGAGACCAUUUAGUGCAUGCCAAGAGGAAAUAAAAAACCUCACAACACUUUUAAGA